UUUAUCAUAAAACAUCUUAUACAACAAAAUAUGACGGUUCCUUAAAACGCACUGCUUUCAAAACUCAACAAAGCUCCAGAAUCUCUCUGUCCUUUUUGGAUUUACACAGCUGACCAAUCAUAAGAUAUCCAACAGCAGGGAAUCUGAAGUAUAAAACGGCCUGGGACUCUGAACAUCUGUCCAGUGCUGUUGGGUUUUCAUCCGUACCCAAAUGCCCGAACCUCUCCAAACCAUGUUGAUCCUUAUCUAUCUGAGUCUCUGGAGCGCGCUGGGGUCGCAUGGUCAGAGCACGAUCAGCACGACGUCUCAAACCUUCGUGACAUCUGGAGAGGACAACGGGCAGUGCACGACCUGUCAGUUCAGACAGCAGAGUAAGCUCAUGCGUCUGCACUCCAUAAAGUCUCAAAUUUUGAGCAUCCUGCGUCUGGAACAAGCUCCAAACAUCAGCAGAGACACAGUCAAGCUGCUCCUGCCCAAAGCACCACCGCUUCAGGAGCUCCUGGACCAGUAUGACCAAAACGGUGGAGUAAGUGAAGAUGAAGAACAGGGCAGCAGCGAGACCAUCAUCACGAUGGCCACGGAACCUCAAGCUAUCACCCAAGGGGAGGGGAUGCCGAAAUGUUGCAUGUUCUCGCUGAGCCCCAAGAUUUUACCCGACAGCAUUCUGAAGGCCCAGCUCUGGAUCUACCUGAGACCAGCUGAGGAACCGACAACAGUUUUCAUCCAGAUAUCACGCCUGAAGGUGCCUUCAGAGGGGAACGGUCGCUCAAGAGUACGCUCCCAAAAAAUAGACGUCAAUGCUCAGACAAACUCCUGGCAACAUAUUGAUAUGAAGCAGCUGUUACAGUCAUGGCUGAAACAACCAGAGAUUAACUUCGGGGUUGAAAUUAAAGCCUUUGACGCGAAUGGAAACGACCUGGCUGUAACUUCUGCGGAAUCGGGAGAAGAAGGACUGCAACCCUUCCUUGAGGUCAAAAUAUCGGACACCCCCAAACGCUCCAGGCGCGACACCGGCCUCGACUGCGACGAGCAUUCCACCGAGUCCCGCUGCUGCCGGUAUCCGCUCACCGUGGACUUUGAGGAUUUCGGUUGGGACUGGAUAAUCGCCCCCAAGCGCUACAAGGCCAACUACUGCUCCGGAGAGUGCGUUCAGAAGUACCCCCACAGUCACAUCGUGAACAAGGCCAAUCCGCGGGGCAGUGCGGGACCGUGCUGCACUCCCACCAAGAUGUCGCCGAUUAACAUGCUGUACUUCAACGACCGCGAGCAAAUUAUCUACGGAAAAAUCCCCUCGAUGGUCGUGGACCUCUGCGGUUGCUCCUGAACCUUCAUCCGUGGGUUCUGGAGUCGCCGUAACACCAAGCCCAAAUCGCUCUGUAACGGAGGGAAGUGAAAACCACCUUUGCCUACAUAACCUUUGCUUAAAUAGUUCCAUGCAAAACCAUUUCGACCCAUAAAAACAACUUAGCCAUUUUGUUAGUUUGUUCACAUCAACUGUUGCACACAAAACGACAGGUUUCUUGGUUUGUGAAGGUUUACAUGCUUCCUCUGUCAAUGUAUUUGAGCACAGAGAUGAUACAAUGGGCUUUACCAGGGUGAUACCGUGAUAUAACAAUGUACAAAUUACUUGAAAAGGGACUGUACAGUUGAUUAUUUAUAUAAACUUAUCCCCCAGUGACCAAGAAACGGACUCAACAUGACGUCCAAACAACACUAUCCCAGAUGAUUCAAUACAUUCCUUCUGUUUCUCCAUGUCAGCACGACAAUGGAUGGCUAAUGCACGAUUUACUUCUUCAUGAGUUUAGGUUAAAAUCGACACAUUUCAAUAUCAUCUGUAUGCAGUUCAAUUAAAU